AUGAUUUUCAAACUACCGUUAAUCCUUUUGAGAUUGUAUAUCACAUCAUUUAUAAUUUGGAUUUUCCAAACAACUAUUCUUCCACAAACAUUAACUAAAUUAACCAAUGUUUCAAUCAAGACUCAAACUUUCCAACAUUAUUAUCCAUAUACUUCAUUAGUCAACACUCCUAAAAAUUCCAAUUCCAUAAACACUAUAACUAAUUCAAAUAUAACAUAUAUAAUAGCUCACCCUGAUGAUGAAGUAAUGUUUUUCGCUCCAUCCAUAAUUGAAUUGAAAAAACCAAAAUAUAAUAAUCAAAUCAAUUUAAUUUGUUUUUCUAAAGGAAAUUAUAUUAAAUCAAUGGAUGAAAUACGUCAAUCGGAAUUGAUUCAAUCGAGUAGAAUUUUAGGAAUUGAUCAAGUUUCGAUAUUGGAUUAUCAAGAUGGUAUGAAUGAAACUUGGCAAUUGAAUGAUAUUGUACAAAGUUUACAUGAAAAUCUUUCACCCACAAAUAGUGGUAGUGAUACUAAUAGCAAUAACAAGCCAUCAGUGUUGAUUACAUUUGAUGAUCAAGGAGUAUCAAAUCAUCCUAAUCAUAUUUCAUUAUUUCACGGUACGAAGAAAUAUAUUCAAGAAUUACGACGCAAACUGGAAAAUAAGAAUAAAACCAGAAUAAAAACUACUACUACUACUACUAUUAAUUAUAUUGACAUUGAUAGUUCCAGUUCAACCAAAUUUUAUGUUCUUAAAAGUUUGAAUUUUUUUGAAAAAUAUAGUUUCACAAUACUUGGUAAUAUUGAAAUUUUAUUUAAUUAUAUUUCAUUAUUAAUUAAAAAAUUUAUAAAUAUUAAUAUUAAUGUUAGUUUUUUUAGUAAUCAAAUUAUUAAAUCAAAAUUUGAUAAUAACAACAAUAAUUUACAAUUACAAAAUUUAAAUGAUAUUAGAUUUUAUUCUGAUUUGAAUAUGCUUAGUUUGAGUUAUGCAGCUAUGGCUUAUGGACAUUUUAGUCAAAUGGUCUGGUUUAGAUACGCUUGGUUAUUAUUAAGUAGAUAUCUUACAUAUAAUCAUCUCAUAGAACAAUAA